CAUAUAGAGGGUUUCAUACAGCAUCAGUUGGGGAUUAGGAUUUAGGAGCCUGUUGAGUUUUGGCUGAGGAUAACCCAAAGCCUCAUUUGUUGCCUCUUCCCAACUAGUCGUAAAAUCUUCACACUCUCCCUUGAAACUUCAAAUCCCACAUAGCACUGAAAUCUAUCGAUUUACCUGGAAUGGCUGCUACUCAGCUCAAUAGUAUUUCACCUGCAACCAUCAAAAUUUCACCCUCAUUUGAAGGCCUUCGCUCUGCUUCACGAAUCUCAAACAUCAAUUUUUCUGUUGCAUUUCCUAGUUUUACUUCAAGUUCAUUCCGUGGUUUGGUUGUAAAUGCUGCCUCAGUUACUGCCGCCAAGUAUACAUCUAUUAAGCCUCUGGGCGAGAAAGUGUUGAUAAAAUUAAAAACAGUUGAGGAGAAGACCAGUAGUGGCAUUUUUCUUCCCACAACCUCGCAAAGUAAACCCCAAUCAGGUGAAGUUGUUGCUGUCGGUUCUGGAAGAAGAAUCGGUGAAAAAAAACUGCCUGUUGCUGUUGAGACUGGUGCUAAAGUUGUAUAUUCAAAGUAUACCGGUACUGAAAUAGAAGUCGAUGGAUCAAGUCAUCUAAUACUCAAAGAAGAUGAUAUAAUUGGCAUUCUAGAGACCGAUGACAUUAAGGAUCUCAAACCUUUGAAUGAUCGAAUAUUGAUAAAGGUUGCCGAGGUUGAGGACAAAACCGCAGGAGGAUUGUUGUUGACCGAGUCCAGCAAGGAGAAACCUUCAUUCGGCACAGUAGUUGCAACUGGUCCUGGUCUUUUGGAUGAAGAAGGGAACAGGACUCCAUUGCCUGUUACUCCGGGAAGCACAGUUUUGUAUUCUAAAUAUGCAGCAAAUGAUGUGAAGGCUAGUGAUGGGUCUAACUACAUCGCGUUGAGAGUAUCAGAGGUGAUGGCCGUGCUUUCUUAGAACGCGUCAUACCCUGCAACUUUUGUCAGUCAGUUCUAGAUUUGGACUAGUAGGAUGUUAUGUCUUGUGCGUAGAUUUCAGGACUGGGUUUUUAUGUUUUGUAUUUGAAUUUGAGGGUUGAAAAAUUAAUCGGAAAAAAGGUGACUUUAGUUACGUUUUUGUAAGGCUUUGAUUACAUACGAUAAAGUUAAACUUGUGGGAUCAAUGAUGCCUAUAAUGUUGUUGGUAGUUUCAUUAAUGAUCCAUCUGUUUAACUAAUAAUUGAAUCCGAGAAGUAUUGCUAUUAUGGGCAAUCCUUCGGUCGAUUAUAGCUUCUGGAAUUGGAGGGGUUGAAUUACUAUGAUGACCAUGUAGUCAUUGAAGAAUAUGAACUGAUGUUGGUAAAAGUCCAUAGAAAGCCUUAAGCUGAGAGACAUGAAAAACAUUAUGUAUUUUUGAUGUUUUGUGAAAAAUACAACUUAUAAGCCACUGCACUCACAAUAUCCAGAAUCUGAAAA